GGCAGAGAAAAGUGGGAAAGAAAGAACAUCAUUUGCACAGUAGUCUUUGUUUUACUUCACUGCUAUUGCCUACACUGAUUUGGUCAUCAUAGGAUUACUUUUCCCAAGAACUGUGAGCAAUUUUAUUAGAAGAAUCACUUUGGACAUUUCUUGAGUAAGAAAGAAGAAUCUGAAAAAGCCAAGUAUCUCACUGUAACUCAAGAUGUCUGAUAAUGCUGCAGCUGCUAACCUGAAUGCAAAAGAGUCAACAGGGCCAACUACCCCACGCAAGGGGCCUCCUAAAUUCAAGCAAAGACAAACAAGACAAUUCAAGAGCAAGCCUCCUAAGAAAGGAGUAAAAGGUUUUGGAGAUGAUAUUCCAGGAAUGGAAGGACUUGGAACAGAUAUCACUGUGAUCUGCCCCUGGGAAGCUUUCAGCCAUCUGGAACUUCAUGAAUUGGCACAGUUUGGAAUAAUAUAAUCAACAAAAAUUCCUGCUUGGCUCUGAUGGCAUCUGAAGCUCCUAUCUUCGUUACAUACAAUUCUCGUUUUCAUCCUUCCAUCUAAAAUAUUAACAUUUUACACAACAGAUGGUUUUGUAAAUAAGGGUCAGCUUUCACCAAAGGGUGAAACUUUGGUUUUGGAUUCAUUUUUCAGAAAAUUAUGAAAGUCUCCUGAAGUAUUCACCUCGUUAAUCAGCUAAGAACCUCGAAAGCUUCUGUUUCCUAUGAAAUAGCUUGCAUUUCUUUCUAAAAUAAAAUUGUUAAUAUCUAGAA